GUUAACUAUGUAAUCUCCGCCUAGUUCGCUAAAGGAAAUUGCUAACAGUGCUAAGGAGGCAGCUGUUGCGUUUGUGAGCUCUGAUGAAAACACGGUGGAGAAAACCUUAACAUGGACACAACUGCGGAGUAAAUAACAGUUUCAGCUGUGUGAAGAAGUCCAGCCCAUCAGCAGUCAGCUCAUUGUAGAAACCUUCAUCAUCUGAUCUGAGGUCAGACAUUUACCUUCACUCAGCCAUGCUGACCUAGAAUCAGCUGUUAGUUUGUGCAGUGUGAGCUGAGUAAUCCAGAGACAGAGAUCAUGUCUGAGAACCAGGCCAACAACAACAAUGUUCCUCUGAACAACAACAACAACAACAUGGGACCCAACAGGAUCCGAAACCCUAACAUGAACCAGAACCCUCUCAUCAACGUCCGAGAUCGCCUCUUCCACGCCCUCUUCUUCAAGAUGGCUGUUACAUACGCCCGACUUUUCCCGCCGUCCUGCAGGAGAGUGUUUGAGUUCUUCGUGCUGCUUAAGGCGCUCUUCGUCCUCUUCAUCCUCGCCUACAUCCACAUCGCCUUCUCCCGAUCGCCCAUCAACUGCCUGGAAGUGGUGAGAGAACGCUGGCCCCGUGACGGCAUCCUGCGGGUGGAGAUCCAGAGGAACUCCAGCCGAGCCUCCGUCUUCCUGCAGUACUAUGACUCCACGGGCCUCCAGGAGGAGCUGGAGGCUGAGGAGGGGGGAGGAGGAGGAGCAGCAGGAGUGCCGGGGCUUAGCCUGGCAGCACUGCAGGAAGAAGAGGAGGAUGAGGAGGAGAUGACCGUGGAGAUGUUUGACAACAGCUCGGUGCAGUUUGAGCUGGACAUCGAGCCUCGCCUGAAGCCGGCUCUGAUUGGACGAGGUGUCGGAGGAGCUGGAGGUGGAGGUGCAGCAGCAGGAGGCGUUAACGAUAGCCAGGAUGUGUCCUUCAGCCAGACCACUAAAGGUAUGCAGCCACUGCAGGACUCAGUGUCUGAGCUGGAGAUGAUGACCAGAGCAGUGUGGCCUCAGGAGGAGUACAUCGUGGAGUAUUCCCUGGAAUAUGGCUUCCUGCGUCUGUCUCAGAGCACCAGGCAGAGGCUCAACAUCCCUGUCAUGGUGGUCACUCUGGAUCCCACGAAGGACGAGUGUUUUGGUGAUGGCUUCAGUCGCUUCCUGCUGGAUGAGUUUCUGGGCUAUGACGACAUCCUGAUGUCCAGUGUGAAGGCGCUCGCUGAGAAUGAGGAGAACAAAGGGUUCCUCAGAAACGUGGUGUCUGGAGAACAUUAUCGCUUCGUCAGCAUGUGGAUGGCCAGAACCUCCUACCUGGCUGCCUUCGUCAUCAUGGUCAUAUUCACUCUGUCGGUCUCCAUGCUGCUCAGAUACUCUCACCACCAGAUCUUCGUCUUCAUCGUGGAUCUUCUUCAGAUGCUGGAGAUGAACAUGACAAUUGCCUUCCCAGCAGCCCCUCUGCUCACCGUCAUCCUGGCCCUCGUUGGCAUGGAGGCUAUCAUGUCAGAAUUCUUCAACGACACGACGACGGCCUUCUACAUCAUCCUCAUCGUCUGGUUAGCUGAUCAAUACGACGCCAUCUGCUGCCACACCAACACCAGCAAACGUCAUUGGCUGAGGUUCUUCUAUCUGUACCACUUUGCCUUCUACGCGUAUCACUACCGCUUCAAUGGUCAGUACAGCAGUCUGGCCCUGGUCACCUCCUGGCUCUUCAUCCAGCACUCCAUGAUCUACUUCUUCCACCACUAUGAGCUUCCUGCCAUCCUGCAGCAGAUCAGGAUCCAGGAGAUGCUGCUGCAGAACCAGCAGGCGGGUCAGGCCAACCAGACGGCCCUGCAGGACAACCUCAACAACAACCACAGUGCUGCUGCUGCUGCUGCUGCUACCGCCCCUCCUCCUCCAGGACCUGGACCUGGACCUGCCAACACUACCCAACUAGGACCCAACGUCACCCAGUCUGGCCCUCAGGCUGACCCCCAGCCCCCCUCCAACUCUCCAGCAGCAGCAGCAGCAGCAGGAGGUGGAGGGGAGGUGAGAUCGGAGCUGAACUGGGUCGCACAGACAGCCGCCAUCAUCACCGAAGCUCUGUCCACCUCCAACCCGCCGCCUCCCUCCACUGACCCCAUCCACGACGUCGGUGGGCAAGGAGGGUCAGGAGGUCAGGUCUCAUCAGAGGUCAAUGUGGUAGCUGAGCUCUGGAUGGGAGGAGGAAGAGGAAGUGAAGAAGAUCCAAAUGGCGCUUCACUGGAGAUUAAAACAACAGCAGGAGCAAGCGAUCCUGCACCCAGCCCUCCAAUCAGAGAGCUGCGACUGGCGGAGGCGAGGCCCUCCGAGGCCACACCCCCACAGACAGACUGCCCCCCCCCACAGAUUCCAGGUACAGACUGGGACUGCAGAGCACCACAGCAGCCGCAGAGCUCCUCACAGGGCCCCUCCCUCUAGUCCAGGUGUGGUGUGGCUGACCUCAUCUCACCUGUCUAACACGGUGCCUCAGUCUGUCAGCUGACCAGGCUGAUCCAUCGGUCACUGUUUAGCGAUCGGGCUGAUCAGGGAGGACUUGAUUCACCUUUCUACAUUUUUAUUUUAAUUACUUCCCUGAUUCAUUGGUUAGUUCCCAACCCGAGGCUCUGGACCCCACAAGUGGUCACGAGAUGAUGCUGAGGGGUCUUAAGAUUUUUGAACAGAACAGGAAAUGGUUCUGCCUCAAAGUGACUGUCACUUCCUCAGGCCCCUAAAAAGUCUUCAAAUUCGACUCCUCAGAGCAGGUUCGAAACCAGUUCAGUUCAGGAGACUCGGCAUGAUGUCUUCAGGCGUCCAAAUGUCCAAACCCCAACGAGAUUCAGUUUACUGUGAUAGAAACCAAACCACAAAACGACCAUCGUUCAAUGGUCACAAUACUUACUGAUUAGAUUCUCGCAGGCCUCGCAGUUACGUCGUCGUGUCUCCUCGUCACUUCAUAUUAUUUUUAUCUGUUUGGUCUGAAAUGUCAGAAACCGUGUGUUUCAGGUUUGACUUCAAAUAGUUUGUUUUAUCCAGUGCUGAAAAAUUAUUAACCUGCUGUCACAUGAGGAAAGUUUGAAGUCCUUUGUCAUAUUUGGUAUUUUUGCUUGUAACAUAACCAGCUACGUCUUUACUUCUAAAAAUAAACAGAAAUAAUAAAACUCCUCGUUCACAUGACGAGAUGCAGCACAUGUAAGUCAGAUGAUGUGAAGUGAACCUGCAGAGUCUAAUCCAUCACAGUCUUCAGAUCUCUGCAGGUCCUUCUGACAGCAGCAGAUCAGUCCAGCAUCACCUGAGGCUGCGACUCGGCUGACCUUCUGUAUGUAACCUGACGAUCAGCCUCAUGCAUCAACCUCCUCUGUGCAAUAAGCCUCCAUUAAAUCACAUCAGCAAGCCACUUCCAGUGUGUGUGUUCGUCACCACGAACACACACUGUGCUGCUGACACACUCACUACAGCACCAAAUGGGGGUUCAUCCGCCACUGAAAAUAGUCCCUGCCUAAUGCCCUGUUUCCUCCUGUUUGUUUAAUAAAAACUGCAAUGAGCAGCAGUUGGAGGACGUCACUGAAGCCGUCGUGAGUCUUUGGCCUGUGGGGUUGGAGCUGAGAGAUGCAGACAGGAAGUCAGACGGUGCUGAGAGGAGGGCUAAUGUUGGGGAAAAUCACCAGACUGAUCCUUUAAACUAAGCUGAACACUUUAGCAUCUUACUUUAAACACUGAAAGUGGUUUGAAAAUCUGCAGGAAGUGAACAUGUGCUGAUCGACCCUGAUUCUGACAGACUGAAGCACAAACUGUGAACUGUGUUGAUUUCCAUCUGCUUUUAUUUUGAAGAAAAAGACUCUUUGAGAACAGGAAGUUGUUUUAGAGUGUCGUGGCAUGGCGGUCGGACUGAUCAAUCUGGUGGAUCAGGACUUCCUGUUGGAACGGAUGCCUUAUCAAUAGUCCUCAGACUGUCUGUGGACACUUCAGAGACGUCAGCAGCGGAGCGAGCUAAUCGGUUGUGCAAUAUGCUGUGUCACGCUUCAGGCUCCGCCUCCCAGGGGGCGUGGCCUGUGACUGGGAUGACUUAACAUUAGUGACAAAACGAGACACCUUCAGGCGCUUGUCAUCAUGUCGCACCUGCACAACUCAAAUCUGUUUCCUGCUGUGGUGUCUGGGAAGGACGGGAGUUUUUCUAAAUGGAUUUAUUGAUGAAUCUACCUAAACAUCCAACAGAUUUUUUUAUUAAAUAUCCAACACAAUGCCAAGACUUUAACAUAAUGAUAUCAAUACAACAGCUCUCGCUGUGUCAAAAACAAUUUCCAUAAAAAAAUUGGCGUCUCAUAUUUAUUUAAUUUUUUGUUUUUGGCCCAGGAAGAAGCUUGAAUCAAAGAAGACGAUUCAGUUAUGUUUGAUUAGUAAUCAAAUGAAUGACAGAAUUUGUUUAACCUGAUGUACAGCACCUGAUCACUGAGGAGUCACCUGAAUGCACCGUGGGCAGGCAGACAGAUGCCUUCUCAUCUCUUCCUUCCUUUGGGCUUUUUUUGUUUUCCCAGAUCUCUGAUUUGAUGUCACGGAGGGGGCGGAGCCUGAAGUGUGACAUCUGCAUCAGACUGUGGGGUUUGGGGGGAUUUUGGAUAUUUUUGUUUUUCUUCGUGCCUCUGCUGGAUGACUGUAGCCUCGUUAGUUGAUCUGAAGCCUGAAACUCAUCAAACUGUAUUUAACUGUCCAGUAAAACCAGUAAAACCAGUGCACAGCAACCCGUUUGCACAUGAA